AUGCCGCUGCGGGAGCAGCCGCCGCAGCCCCGCGCGGGCAGAGCCGCAGCCCCGGGCCCGGUCUGCGGCCGCCGGCGCCCCGGCCCGCAGCGCCCCCGCCACGUCCGGACCAUCUUCGAGCCCGAGCCCGAAGGCCAGCGCGGGCAGCGGCACCGCUUCAGGCUGGAGGAGGCGGUGAGGACCUGGUGCGACCUCUGCUGCCACUUCAUCUUCUCCCAGAGCCUGCGGUGCGCGGAUUGCAGAUAUACAUGUCACUCUCACUGCCGAGAUCUGGUGCAUCUAGACUGUCAGCAGAAUGGAAAAUUAAUGGAAUGCAUCUCCAUAUAUGACGAGUUGGAUCAAACCAACAAUGGUCAGAGACUGAUACCUGGUGGCUCAGGCAUUUACACUGACAAGAGGAUGUGACUCUUAGAAUGUUACACAUGAAGAAUUAAACCAAAGAAUACACAGCCAUUGGCUCCUGAAGCUAUCUUAAAAGGACCCUGUAAAGAUGGUUUUUAGGCAGAUGAUGUUGUAAAUACACCACACCCCCAACAAGAAGAUGGAGUGAAUAAAUUUCCCAAGAAGGAUGGAAAAGUACCUGCCACAUGGAUUGUAUAUACUGUCGGUCCUGAAGAGGAGGAGCUAGCAGCUUGGCAUUUUUGAGAAAGCAGGCCUAUGAAGGGAUUAGCUAAUGCUGGCUCAAUACCAUCUUUAGUGACAGGACCACUGAAGAAAACAGGGCCUGAGAAUGAGCUGGAGACUUUUCUGGUCACCUUCAAAAGGAUAUUCAGUGACUUCAACAGCUGGGGCCAUACGUAAGUAAGGAAACUUCCUCCACCUACUGGGCCCUGGAUGCAGUUCAUCAGGACUACAUGCAAGUGAAGGCAGCUCUUCUAAACCAUGUUGUAGCCAGAGGCUGCCCUAAGAACAAGUACUUGGGCAAGAGAGAAUGCCACAUCAGAGGCUUGUCCAUACUGAAUACACACAGAGGGAUGCUUUGUGAUGAGGAUGGAAGUAAGACUCCAUGUAAGACCUACAGCCCUACUAAAGUUGCCACAAGGGCUAAAUAUUUUCAUUAAAAAUUGUGCAGGGUUUUGCUAAGAAGUUCAGUUUUCAUGUAAAAACUGAGCUUUCAAGGUGUGACAAAUUUGUUAAAGGACUCUUAAGUCCAAACAUAAACAAGAUGGCUUUGUGCAAACAGCUGAACAUGCAGUAUUAUUUUUUCUUUAGGUACUUCACAGUGGUAUUGCAAGGCCAAAUUAAUGUUUUAUGAAAUACUUUGAAGGCCUCAAAUGGACAUGCACAUUAUAAUCAUUUAUUGAUUGCUUAAUAGUCCUGGACAUACAACUUGCCCCUAUAACAUUCCAGGAGAGUUGGAACUUAAGUCCAACAACAAGAGAAGAAAAAAACUUUUAAGCCAAAAUCAUGGGGGGUGGGGCUGAGUGGGAUUUGUUUUGUUUUUUGAGGACUGACUUAUGAUUUUUGAAU